AUGAAGCUCACUUGGGCGACAGCGCUCCUUCUACUCUCUACCAGGGUCACAUCCCUGACUAUCCCUCAAACCGAGUCUACCUAUCUCAUUGAACGAGAUGUAGACUCUUUGGACUCCCUGGAGUAUACCGAGGAUACCAAAGAUAUUAUGACUCUCGAGAAACGGCGUGGUGGUGGUGGAGGCCGGGGUGGUGGCAGUUCAUCCAGUAGCGGAGGAAGCAGUGGAGGCCGCACCGGUUCCUCUGGUUCUUCUGGUUCUUCUGGUUCCUCUGGUUCCUCUGGUUCUUCGGGCUCAAGUGGAAGCAGUCGCAGUGGUUCGGGAAGCAAUGUUGGUGGUACAACCAGUGCCGGUUCUGGCACUCGAGCAACCUAUGGUGGAGGCAACUACUAUGCCGGCGGCGCGCGUACUCCCUACAAGGCUGGCUCCCGGUCCGUUGGAGGCAUCGCCCCAUAUGUACUCGGCGGAGCUGCACUAGGCGUCUUCCCAGGUCUUUGGCUGUACAGCGCCUACGCCUACCCCUACAGUCACCACUACAACUACUACAAUGAGAAUGCCCACAAGAACGAGUCGCUUCCCAUUGUCUGUGUGUGCCAGGAGUACUCGGAGUGUGGCUGCGACAACAACAAUAACAGCACCUACUACGAGUCUCUCUUCAACGGCACCGUGCCCAAGAACUCCAGUAUUGUGCGCGUGGCUGAUGUGAACGGCACUAAGACCAUCUACAUCAAUGGCACCUUGCCCAACGGUACCACUGCCGCUGACGGAAACUCGACUAAUACUUCCUCGGCGUCCGGGCCUAUUGCAAUAGUCCUGCAUGCCAGCGGGUACUGGGUGACUCUUGCUGUGGUAGUGGCCGCCGUCUGGGGAUUCUAA